UGUUCCAGAGCUGCGCACCGACCGCCAUCAUGCCCUCGCAAGCGCGCUGCGACCGCGUCCCCCCCACCGACGGCACCCCCUGGGGCGCCCUCGACCUCACCCUCCAGGAUGACGACUUGCCUAUCGACCCUCGUCGCUGGAACCGUCAGCAGGUGGGCUCGUGGGUGUCGCGCCGCGGCGGCCGCGCGGAGCGCUUCCCCAUGAACGGCAAGGCGCUGUGCCUCAUGACCCGAGACAUGUUCGUGGCCAGGGUACCUGGGAAGGGACACGAGUUAUACCAGGACUUCAGAAGAAGGCUCGCUAAGGCUUUAGCGCUACAGGAAUUGCUCGAAAAAAUGGUGCCGAAGUGAACAACUUCCAAUGUAUUUGAGAACAACAUUUUAUGGUUAAAAAACUUUACUUACCAAGCUAGCGGUAAAAACGUUUGGUCGAAAUAAGUCCACUAAGAAAGAGAAGUCCGUUAGUUUGUAAUAUAUAUACUUUAUCUAUGUACAUAUCGCGAUUGAACGCUAAUUCGUCAUUAAGGGUCAAACAGAAAACUGUGUUGCGUUUUGCGUCUUUACAUUUUUCUCUCCUGUGGGCAAUCGUUAACAGCUUGUGGGCAUGUAACUCAUGUAAGUAAUGAUUUUAUCAUAGUUCUCUAAAUAAAAGGAAGACCCUUUCACGUGGAUAAGGGUUAAAUAAGAAAAAUAACCUUUAUAGCCCUUAACUCUUGUGUAUGUCUACAGGAAAGAUGUAACACAGUUUUCUGUUUGACCCUUAAAUGUUCUAUGACACGAUUUUUGCUAUGACAUUAUUUUAGCACUAUUCUAAUGUUUUUCACCAGAGGGUAUAGUAGAAAAGUUGUAAAACCAACAAAGAAAAUAAUCCUUCAAAUGUGACUGCUGAAGAAGAUGGCGCUGUAAUUCAAAGCAUAAAAACCCAGUUGCCUAUCGCAUAAAGUACGGGUUAUGACCCUUUUUUUAAGCGCCAUCUACUUGAGUUGUUAUUUCUGGCAUGAAAUGUUCUUGAGUUUACACUUUCCAACUAGGUAUAUCUAAAUUUUUACUACAUAAGUAUAGUUUUCUUUUUGUUUUUUAUAUUGUGUGUGAUUUUGCAUUGUUGUCGACAUCAUACCUAAGUUUCUGAACCCCUAGAGUAAAUUUCAUUCGAUAGUGACGUGACGUAGGUACGCGUGUGCGUUAUCUUUAUUUUUGUAUGGAAAUUUGAAAGGCGCGCCAAGCGGGACGUUUUGGUAACUCAAAAUCGCACACAAAAUGAGACUAUACCGGAUGUGGCCUGUAACAGGAGCAAAAAAUUAAACUGUAGGCUGUACUCCUCAUAGUAACCAACAUUUGUUCAGAGACUUUUCAAAAUAACUU